CACUAAAAAUAGUAUAAUUGGCAUUGAGGUCACUCCGUAAAUCAGUUAAGAUUUAAUAAAAAAAAAAGUGCAGAAAAUUUGUGCUUUCAACUACCCAGCACUAAAAAUGUAAAAACAGGUGCAUUAAGUAAAAGCAUCAUCGUCCAAUUACUUGCGGAAUACAAGCUUUUGGAGUUUCAUCGAUUUAUUCAGAGUCCUUGUCAGCUUUGCAGCAGGGUAGGCUGUGAUAAAAUACCAGAGAUAAAUCUAUGAAUUAAAUAAUAUAUGAAUAAUAAGUAUUCUAAAUUGAAAGUGCGCCUGCAUCUGCAAACGCGGCCAUAGCCUUGAUUACCAUAGUUAAAUGCUAAUUGAGUCAUACCGCGAUACUGCUUUAGAAUUUGUUGUCCAUUGCGCCAUGAAGCGUCAAAACGUAAGAACACUGUCGCUUGUGGUAUGCACAUUUACCUAUUUGCUCAUUGGCGCGGCAGUCUUUGACUCGCUUGAAUCACAAACUGAAGCAAAGCGUUGGGAAUUUUUGCAAGCGGUGAAGAAUAAUUUCGUUAAGAAAUACAAUGUGAGUACAGAAGACUACCGGAUGAUCGAAAUAGUAAUAAUUGAGAACAAACCACACAAGGCGGGACCUCAGUGGAAAUUCGCUGGCGCAUUUUAUUUUGCCACUGUAGUGCUGGCAAUGAUUGGCUAUGGACAUUCCACACCGACUACAGUGGCUGGGAAACUAUUUACAAUGUGCUAUGCUAUGGUGGGCAUCCCAUUGGGUCUUGUGAUGUUCCAGUCGAUCGGCGAACGACUUAACAAGUUUGCUUCUGUGAUCAUUAGACGAGCGAAGCGAGCAAGUGGAGCACGUUGUACGGAUGCCACUGAAAUGAAUCUUAUGCUAGCCACUGGGAUGUUGUCCUCAAUUAUUAUUACGACGGGAGCUGCAGUCUUCUCACGCUACGAGGGCUGGAGUUACUUCGAUAGUUUCUAUUAUUGCUUUGUGACAUUGACCACAAUCGGGUUUGGCGACUAUGUGGCUUUGCAGAAUGAUCAAGCGCUAACCAAUAAGCCAGGAUAUGUUGCACUUAGUUUGGUGUUCAUUCUCUUUGGCCUAGCAGUAGUUGCUGCUAGUAUUAAUCUUCUGGUGCUGCGAUUCAUGACUAUGCAAGCUGAGGAUGCUAAAAGGGACGAACAGGAUGCCCAAAAUAUAGCAGCAGGAAAUCAACCACUCACUUUCGACGACGAUUCCACAUACAACAUGCACGGCAAGUUGCUCGAAAACAAUUACACCACCGAAAAUGAUGAGACGGUUUCCCUUUGCUCUUGUACCUGCAUGGGAGGCACGCGAUGUCUGAAUCAUGAGCAGUUUGUUGAUCCCGAUUUUCAGCCAAUGGACAUUAUUGAGAGCACACUCUGUUUGAAACGUGCAUCCGUUUGACAAGAAGAAGAAAUAAACUCUUAUUAUAAGUACUAAACUGGUCUACUGGAAUCAGAGUCUACUUUUAGCAAAUAGUUCUCUCUUUGUUAUGUUAUAUACAUAGCUUAUAUAUUUGUAUAUAGCUAUAAUAAUUGUUCUGUGUGAAUCUCAUUAUAAUUAUAUACUU